AUAAACAUGUAAAUGUGAUAAAUGCCUUAAUUCCAGGGGCACAUUCUGAAGCUGUUCCUCAGGCUCAUUGACAGACAGGAGUGGAGUGAUGCGGGUGCCGUGUCCCAAAGGAUUCUACGCAACUACCUGCUCCUGUUCGCCUGCAUCCGCCGCCACCCACCAGCUGUUGCAAAGGCACAGCAGCUCUUCCAGCAGUGGGCUGAGUCCAACGGCACCAUGAGGUUGCCUAGCGAUGUGAGUUUAGUGGUGUACACAGAGGGAGCUCGCAGUGAGGCUGGCUGGGACUUCCUCCUGGAGAAGUACCUUCUGUCCAUCUCCCCCUCAGAGAAAAGCACCAUCAAAGCUGCCCUCUCCUACAGCCCACUGACUCACAAGCUCCAGUGGCUGCUGGAGAAGAGUUUGGAGGGAGAAGUCCUGAAGACCCAAGACCUGCCCUCCCUGCUCAUAACCGUCAGCAAAAACCCCAAAGGAUACAAACUCGCCUGGGGCUUCCUGAGGGCUCACUGGUACAAGCUGGUCAGCAAAUUUGAUUUGGGAUCUUCAGCCAUUUCACGCUUGGCGGUUGGAGUGACGGAUCAGUACUCUACACAAGAGAUGCUAGAGGAGGUGCGACAGUUCUUUGGGUCUCUGCCCACUGAGGCAGGUGGUGAGCUGCGCUCCAUCCAACGGGCCCUGGAGACCAUCGAGGAGAACGUUCGCUGGAUGGAUCGGAACCUUCCACUGCUAAAAGCAUGGCUGGACCGCAGGCAUGGCGUUUAAGCAUGUCGGUUUGGGCUUUUGCAAUAUGCGGAAGCCAGAUGACCAUGGAUGGAAAAGGUCGAUCUUUAUGCCAAUGUGCCUCAAAGGGGUGGGACAGCAUAGGAAUCAAUCAAUCAGAUCAUGUCAUUAAACGGUUAAUUAUCCACAAAUACAGCCACUCAUCCACAGCUAUGUUUGGGUGAUCCAACACAAUUAUCUGAUGCACUGAACACAACUGAAUGUGAUAUUUCUACUGGUACUGCAGGGCUGCCAUGUAAAUACCUUGAAGAAUAACAACUCUCUGCCUUUAACACUGGAAUGUGAGUGGGGAAGGACGGGGCAUGUUGUCACACGUUUUUAUCCCAGUGACUGCAAAUGAUACAUCAUAAUGACAAAACUGUUGAACCAAAUGAAAGGCUUGGGGACAUAUUUCAUAUUCAUUGCAUUGUCAAUAUUUUAGUGCAAAAUUAUUAUACAUUAAUUUGAGAGUGUGGGUAAGGUGUUACAUUAGAUUAAGCAAAUGUGAACACAUAAUCAUGAAAGUAGAUUUUAACUUUAAUUUCAAAACUGUGCUUAACACCUUAAGUGGACAUAAAAUGAACCAGUCAUUUCUGAACAAUUACUCUAAAUCGUGCCCAUCUGUUUCUGGGGAAAUUUUGCUAAGCUCAGUUUCGUGUGACCUUGACUAAUGGUAAAAAGGAUGUUGACUCACACAAUGUAACUAUUGUAGUUUUGAGAUUGUGCCCUUAAUUUAGGAGAAAUUAUCUGUGUGACCACUUACCCAUGUGACAAUGGACCCUGCUCUCCCCUGAUGUGAUGUUUGAUACUUUGUUUGAUAAUUGUUUUAAAUUAAAGUUUGAAUGUAAAUAUUA